AUGCAUCUCAGAGGAUCGAUCGGGUCCAUGCUCACCUCCAGCAGCUCCGGGGUGCCGUCACCGGACCCGGAGGCAACGACGGGCAGCACGGCGCGGCAGCCCCAGCCCCAGCCCCAGGCGUUUGACUACUUCGUGGUCCUAGACUUCGAGGCGACGUGCGAGAAAGGCGCGCAGAUCUACCCGCAGGAGAUCAUCGAGUUCCCCUCCGUCCUCGUCGACGGUGCCACCGGCAACCUCGACUCCGAGUUCCGCACCUACGUCCGCCCGCAGCACCACCCGGCGCUGACCGACUUCUGCAGGGACCUCACCGGCAUCCAGCAGGCGGACGUCGACGGCGGCGUGGAGCUGGCCGAGGCGCUCCGCAUGCACGCCGCGUGGCUGCAGGCCUCGGCAUGGGCCAGGAGCGGCGGCUGCUUCGCCGUCGUCACGUGGGGGGACUGGGACCUCCGCACCAUGCUGGAGACGGAGUGCCGCUUCAAGGGGCUCGCCAAGCCUCCCUGCUUCAACCACUGGAUCAACCUCAAGAUCCCCUUCGCGACGGCGCUGGGCGGCGGCCGGCGGGCCGGUCUGCGGUGGGCCGUCCGGGCAGCGGGGCUGGAGUGGGAGGGCCGCCCGCACUGCGGGCUCGACGACGCCCGUAACACGGCGCGGCUUCUCGUGGAGCUCAUGCGGCGCGGCGUCCAGCUCAGCAUUACGAGCUCCCUGCAGGCCCCGUCGCCUCAGCUAACUCCAUGCGGUGGCGCCGGUGCCGCCGCAGCGUGCUACUGCUACUGCGGGGUGGCGAGCAGAGGUGGCGUGGUGGCGGUGCCGGGGCCAAUGCAGGGGAGUUGCUUCCACGGUUGCGGAAACUGGACGCCGUCCAUGGGAGCAGUGUGCUCCUACUUCAUGUGGUCAGAUUGCUAAGCCAAUCCAUGGGUUUGGAUUUGGAGAAUACGCUAUUGAUGGUACAGUAAAUUGUACAUGUGCGAGUAUAUAUGACUCCAGCUCCUUGAUUUUCUUAUCAACUUAAAUGCUAUUGCGUGGUGUAUUUGAUUUCCUCAUGAACUUGAAAUUCUACACAUGUUUUGCUUGAA